AAAUUUUGGUUGACCAACAUGCACGUGCAUACAUUAUGCACAUGAUUGGUACUAUAUUAUUUCCAGAUUCAAGUAAAGAUAAAGUGCAUGCGAGGUGGUUACCACUCCUCGAGGACUUGGACGUAUGUGGUACAAAAUCGUGGGGUAGUGCUGUUUUGGCGUAUUUAUAUAGAGAGAUGUCAAAAGUGGCACUUAUACAAAACAGUGAGCUUAAAGGGUGUCUAAGCUUAUUGCAAGUAUGGGCAUGGGAGAGACUUCAUUUGAAGCCGAGACUAUGCACGCAUUUACAAUUAGAUGGACAAAUUCCACUGGGAUGCAGAUGGAAUGUCGAAAAAUGCUAUGACGAGACCCCGGCUAGACAAUUGGAUUUCUACCGGAAUGAGCUUGACCGUAUGAAGAUUUUUCAGAUGGAAUGGGAGCCCUACACCCAAUUUCUACCUCAGCUACCCCCAAUAUGCACAGAAUACCAAGUUGUAUGGAGAGCUAGAGUUCCUCUUAUAUGUUUGGAGAUAGUAGAAAUGCAUGUACCGGACCGCAGAGGAAGGCAAAGAAAGGAGGCCAACAAAUAA